AUGGAAGCUGCAUCGUAUCACGCUACAGCAUGUAUUGGCUGUCGCAGACGCGGUCGAAAAUGUGACAGGACGCUACCAAAAUGCCUCAGCUGCGAGAAACGAGGUGUGGCCUGUGAAGGCUAUGUCACGAAAUGGCCAGGCGUAGCUGCGCGUGGUAAACUGGCUGGAAGGUCUAUCCCCGUUGCUGAUAGUUCGGUCAUCAUCGCAGGGACUCACUCAAGAGCAAGACAAAGACGACUAAAGCGAGAUACAUCCACGACGCCCUCAAAAUCAUCCACUGUCAACCCUGUCCCCUCUGAUGAGGUUGAUAAAUUCAUUCAAUAUUAUAUCGCGGACCUCAGUACUAUUUUCUUCCUUGGAAAUGGACCGAGCGAAAACCCCAUGUUUCACUAUGUUCUUCCUUUGAUAGACAGCGUGCCUCCAAUCCGCUUUGCUCUCGCUGGAUCUGCAUCGUGCCACAUCGCAGCCAAGACUUCAGACGAACUACUGGAGCAGAAGAGUUUACGGUUGCGCCUUCAUGCAACGCACCUAUUACGAGAGAUGCUCCAGAAGCCGAACACUGCAACAGAUCACACCAUUUUGGCAAGCAUAUUGAUGCUUGCACAGCUUGACAUGUGUUCGGGGGAUUGCGUCGAGUUUCAAACUCACUUGAAAGCUGCUGUUGCUGUGAUACGAAACCCUGGCUAUGCUGGAUCAGCCAACAAACAUUAUUUUGAGCAGCGUCUUACAUGGCUUGAUGUUAUGAGCUCCACUACCUCUCAGAGCCCACCAAAUCUGACAAUUGCAGAAGUCAAGGCAAUAAUCGGUCGCUUCACAAGUAACGGUCAAAGGCAAUGGUGUUACGAUGUGUUUCCGUGCCCAAUUGAUUUGUUUGAGAUCAUCAUCGAGGCUACCUUUCUGUUCAAAACUCCCCAUCUUGACUUGGAGCAAGUGAAGUUGCAGAUCGAAGACUUGGAGAGGAGACUGUUCGAUUGGAAGUGUCCUGCCAUGUCAGGUCCACGAAAACACAUGGUUGAGAUAUGGAGGCUAGGUAUAUUAGCUUACCUCCGUCGACUAUUUCCUCACAUGACUCACCGCGAUGUGGAGGAACCCCUGUCGGAUCAAGUACUGGAUCUGGCAGAGAAUAUUUCUCCGGCAUCAUCAUGGAGUUAUGCGUUGCUGUGGCCCAUCUUCCAAGCCGCUGUCAUAUUAAGUGAUGAUGCUCCGACGGAAAAGGACCAGAUCAGAAGUCGCCUUGAGAUUGCACUUAAGACUAUUGGAUGUCGACAUCAUAGCAAUGCUCUUGAAACAUUGGAGAUUGUUUGGGCACGAAGUCAAGAGUUUGAUCCUUCUACUAUCAGUAUCCCUGGUCGUACAGUUAUGCUAGUGUAG